AUAAUUUAAAAGGAAUACAAAAUUCUGCAGAGAGAGAUAGGGGAAGAAAAGGGAGAGGGAGGAGAGAGAAGGCACUACCACCCUUUGGCCCCUAGAGAGACCAAAGAUGAUCGAAGAGAGAAUACUCUGAGAUCAUCAUCAUCAUCCUGCAAAAACAAGAAUUCGAUUUUUUUAUUUUAUUAAAAGAUUGGAUUUGUUUAUAUAAUUGUUAUCGAUUUUUCUGGAAAUAUUUUGAUUUCUUAAAUCCCCUACACCAACAUUUUUCUUGCCCUACCUGCUUCUUGCUUUCUUCUUGUUCCAGAAACAUAACAAAAUCGCAUAAUAAGCAAUUCCUUUUUACAGUAUUAAGAAACAACGAGCUGUAUAGAUCCAAGAUAUGUAUACUGCGAUCAAAAGGGUUUUGUGACAUUAAUUUUCAAAACCUGGAAAAUGAUCAAGGACCCUGAUAUUCGAGAUAUUUUUGGAUUUUGAUUUGUAAAUUAGGAAAAAAAAUUAGUAUAGUGUUGUUUGUAAAAAAAAACUUAAAAUGGGUUGUGGAUUCCACUACUCUUACGUCUUCUUCUUGAUCAUUACCCUUCAAGCUCCUCUCUCGUUUUCUGUCAACUCCCAAGAAUACACAUUGUUGAAGUUCCGGGAAAGAGUAAACUCGGAUCCUCAUGGAACUCUUGCAAACUGGAAUAUUAGUAGUGAUCUCUGUUCUUGGUCAGGGGUAACUUGCGUUGACGGCAACGUGCAGAUUCUGGAUCUUAGCGGAUGUUCUUUGGGAGGAACGUUAGCUCCUGAGUUUAACCAACUAAUUGAACUAAGAUCUCUGAUACUCUCCAAGAACCAUUUCUUUGGAGAGAUUCCAAAGGAGUAUGAGAGUUUCUCAAAACUUGAAUUCUUGGAUUUGAGAGACAAUGAUUUAACCGGAACAAUUCCACCCGAGCUAACCAAUAUCUUAUCGCUAAAACACUUGUUGCUUUCUGGUAACAAAUUUCAAAGUGAUAUGAGUAUAAAGAUCCUGAGAAUGAAACUGCUGCACUCUCCUUUUGCUGUUCUUGGCUGUGCAAAUAGAAAACUUGGACACUGUAUUUCAAGAAACCAUAUCAUUCGAGUUAAAAAGAUUGAAGCAUUUGUAUUCCGUAUCAAAGCAACUUCAAGACGUUUCUUGAAAGCAUUCCCAAGUAAGUUCGAUUUCAAAAGACGUGAGUUACUCGAGGAGACAAGUAACUUGGCGGCUGAGCCUGCUCCACAAGCUCCUAGUCCUUCUCCAGAGACUAUAACUGAAGCCUCUCCUCGAAGCAGCGGGUCUUUCCCAGCAGUGACCAACGCAAAGAAGAGAAUACCACCUUUAGUCCCUCCUCCACCUUCUCCCGAUGAGAACACUAGUUCUGAUUCCUCCAAGAAUCAGCCACAAGAUAAUAAACAGUCAAAAGGAUCUAAACAUGUAUGGCUCUAUGUGGUUAUCGCGGUUGCUUCUUUCCUCGGUUUACUGAUUAUAGUAGCUGUUAUAUUCUUGUGCCGUAAAAGAGCUGUAAAGAGCAUAGGUCCUUGGAAAACUGGUCUUAGUGGACAACUACAGAAAGCUUUUGUCACCGGGGUACCAAAGCUGAAUAGGGCUGAGCUAGAAACAGCGUGUGAGGAUUUCAGCAACAUCAUCGAGACGUUUGAUGGUUACACUGUGUAUAAAGGAACUUUGUCGAGUGGUGUUGAGAUAGCUGUGGCUUCUACCGCGGUUUGUGAAUCUAAAGAAUGGACUAGAGCCAUGGAAAUGGCUUACCGUAGAAAGAUUGAUGCACUUUCUCGGAUCAACCAUAAGAACUUUGUGAAUCUGAUUGGAUACUGUGAAGAAGAUGAGCCUUUUAAUAGGAUGAUGGUCUUCGAAUAUGCUCCAAAUGGAACCCUUUUCGAACAUUUGCAUGAUAAGGAGAUGGAGCAUCUUGAUUGGAGCGCACGGAUGAGAAUAAUAAUGGGAACUGCUUAUUGUCUGCAACAUAUGCACGAGAUGAACCCUCCCAUGGCACAUUCUGACUUCAACUCGUCUGAAAUAUACCUAACCGAUGACUACGCAGCCAAGGUCUCGGAGAUUCCUUUCAACUUAGAGGCGAGAUUAAACCCGAAGAAACACGUGAGUGGUGACUUAGAGCAAACCUCAUUGCUACUACCUCCAGAACCGGAGACUAACGUCCACAGCUUUGGACUCUUAAUGCUCGAAAUAAUCUCCGGAAAGCUCUCAUUUUCAGACGAAUAUGGAUCUAUCGAACAAUGGGCAUCAAAAAAUCUGGAAAAUGACGAUUUAGGACAGAUGGUAGACCCAUCGUUAAAGACAUUCAAAGAAGAAGAGCUUGAAGUGAUAUGUUAUGUGAUACGAGAAUGUCUGAAACCAGACCAGAGACAUCGACCUUCAAUGAAAGAUGUAGCGGAACAGCUAAAACAAGUUAUUAACAUAACUCCUGAAAAAGCUACUCCAAGAUCAUCUCCUCUUUGGUGGGCAGAACUCGAGAUCUUAUCCUCUGAAGCAACUUGACCCUCAAUGAAAUGUUCUUUCUCUGAUACGUUGUACCAAUUUUUUCUUUUUUUUUCUUUCUUCUGGUUUCUUAAAUCAGUUUUCUUAUACGAGCUUUUGGUUCUUGAUUCUUCACGUUCAGUUUGUUUUGGAUUAGUGUUUGCUUCUUGAUGGAUUUGAUAUAAACGAGUUUCGAUA